GAGGAUAAUAUAGAAAUGGCUGUCCCAUGACCUCCGAUCACUAUAAAUAUACUCCCAACCCACCACCUCCAACUCACACAAUCCGCAGCAAUGAAACUUCUAAACUUAACUUUCCUUUUCCAUUUCCUGCUAUUAGCAUUUUCCGGUGCUUCGGCAGACCAUGACUCGCCGCCGGGAGGUUCCACAAUCAUCUUCGGUGCACUGGGCAGCAGAGACAUUUAUUCUUUUGAUAUCUUCACUCUCCCUGCUCCUUCUACAACCGAUUCACUGAUUACCUCAUCACACGAAUUGCAAAUUACCGACGCUAAAUCUUUCAAUUUCAACGGUCAUUUUCCCUCUCCGUCGGCAUCAGCCUCUCUGCUCUCUCUUUUCCCCAAUCAAACCCUAAUUCAAUCCUCCCCCUCUCAACAGAAUUCUACCUCUAUCAGCGUCGUUUAUGCAACCGAACGCGACGGAUCGCCGGCCAUCUACUUUGAUGUACUUUCUUAUGAUAACUCUCUGAGCACCGAUUCAAGGUCAGCUCUUGAGUUUCAAGAUCGACGAAUUCAAAUUCCGUUGUUGAAGGGGAAUGAUGUUGGGCCUUCGUUUAAGGAUAAGCCGAGUUUGGUUGGUGAUUACUUAAUUUAUGUUUCAACUCAUGAAGAUCCGGGCAAGCCCAGAGCCAGCUGGGCUGCUGUUUACUCAACCGAAUUGAAAACCGGGUCGACUCGGCGUCUCACUCCUAACGGAAUUGCUGAUUUUAGCCCUUCCGUUUCUCCGUCUGGGGUUUAUACAGCUGUUGCAUCUUACGGUGAACGAGGGUGGAAUGGUGAAGUUGAAGUACUGACUACUGAUAUCUAUGUUUUCUUGACUCGUGACGGCUCACAACGAGUUAGAGUUGUUGAAAACGGAGGUUGGCCCACCUGGGUCGACGAGUCGACGCUUUAUUUCCACAGAAGAAAUGAAGCAGAUGGAUGGAUAAGCAUUUACAGAGCGAUUUUACCGACUUCUGGUUCGAUUUCAACUGACUCAGUAAUCGUUGAAAGAGUGACGCCACCUGGGAUUCACGCGUUCACUCCCGCUACUUCUCCAGGUAAUAAUAAAUUCAUAGCAGUAGCUACUAGAAGAACCGGUUCAGAUUAUCGUCACAUAGAGCUAUUCGACCUUGUCAAAAACGAGUUUAUUGAGUUCACUCGGUUGAUAUCCCCAAAAACCAAUCAUUUUAACCCGUUUAUCUCGCCUGACUCGGGUCGAAUUGGGUAUCAUAGAUGUAGAAGUGCCACCAAUGGUAAAAGUAGUUCCCGGUUCAUGCUAGAGAAUCUAAAGAGUCCAGCACCUGAAAUUUCGCUCUUUAGAAUUGAUGGGUGGUUUCCUUCUUGGUCACCGGGUGGUGAUCGUAUUGCUCUUGCUAAAUUUCCGGGUCUUUAUGUGGUGAACCCUGACGGUUCUGAUAGGCGUCAAGUUUAUCCCCGUUUAGCAUUUCCCACAAUUUGGGACCCGGUUCGACCAGGGAUUAUAUACUCCAGUACCGGGCCUGCUUUUGGUAGUCCCACCACUGAGGUUGAUAUAAUUGCAGUUAAUGUUGAUGAACCGGAUAGUUACAGAAAGCUGACUACUAAUCGUGAUAAUAAUGCGUUCCCCGCUGUUUCACCCGACGGGAAAUGGAUUGUCUUCCGAUCUGGUAUUUCGGGUUACAGAAACUUGUACUUAAUGGACCCUGUCGAAGGCGAGAAAGGCGGACUCAUAAGGUUGACAGAAGGUCCGUGGGACGAUACAAUGGCUGAUUGGUCAUCAGAUGGUGAAUGGAUCGUGUUUUGUUCGGAUCGAGCAGACCCGGGUGCCGGAAGCUUUGAUUUGUAUUUGAUCCAUCCAAAUGGAACAGGGUUGACACGAUUGUUUACAAGCGGACCAGGCGGAAGAAGUAAUCACCCGUAUUUUAGUCCGGACGGGAAGAGCAUUGUGUUUACCACAGACUAUGCUGGACUAUCAGCAGAACCAAUCUCAAACCAACAUAUGUAUCAACCGUAUGGAGAGAUUUACAUCAUAAAUGUGGAUGGUUCUGGUUUAAAACGGUUGACACAUAAUUCAUUUGAAGAUGGAACUCCAGCAUGGGGUCCUAAACAUCUAGAAUCAGCAGACUUGGUGUGGCCGAAAUAUGGACUAGGAUCAAAAUGUUCGUUUAAGGAUGCAGGCUGGACCUGGCUCAAGAAGCAUAGCCUUGAGGUUGAAUCACUAGCGUCGAGCACCGUUCAGUGCGGUGCAUAGACAAAGGAUGAGUUUGUGUGUAUUAUAAGUAGUAGCUAUAUGGUUCUUGCUUUGAUUCUGCGAAAAUAAUGCGAGUUGAGAGAUAUGUAAUUAGUCUGUUAAGUUUUUUGUAUGCGCCUUUGUCACAAUAAUGGUUUUGAUGCAUAAUCUGAGUUAGAAUUUGCGAACAAGAGAAGCAUUUUUAUCUGA